CCAGAGCAAGGAAAGUCCACAGAACAACAGCCUUUUACAGCAGCAGCCACCUCUGAUUAAAAUUAUCAAGCUUCAUCAGACUGCACUGAGAGCCAGGACUGCUCCUCCAAGGAAACAGAGGACCAAGCAAUGAUGAAGACUAUGUCUGGUGGAAACUGCACCCUGAACGUGCCAGCCAAGAACUCCUACCGCAUGGUAGUGCUGGGAGCUUCCAGGGUAGGGAAAAGCUCCAUUGUCUCACGCUUCCUCAAUGGCCGGUUUGACGACCAGUACACUCCCACCAUCGAGGAUUUUCAUCGCAAGGUCUACAACAUCCGGGGAGACAUGUAUCAGCUGGACAUCCUGGACACCUCUGGGAAUCAUCCUUUCCCUGCCAUGAGGAGGCUUUCCAUCCUAACAGGGGAUGUGUUCAUCCUGGUAUUCAGUUUGGACAACAGAGAAUCCUUUGAUGAGGUCAAGAGGCUCCAGAAACAGAUCCUUGAGGUCAAAUCCUGCCUGAAAAACAAGACCAAGGAAUCAGCUGACCUCCCCAUGGUGAUUUGUGGCAACAAAAAUGACCACAGUGAAAUCUCCCGCAAGGUACGCUCAGAUGAAGGCGAAAACCUUGUCUCCAGUGAUGAAAACUGUGCUUACUUUGAAGUUUCUGCCAAGAAGAACACCAACGUGGAUGAGAUGUUCUAUGUCCUCUUCAGCAUGGCCAAGCUACCUCAUGAGAUGAGCCCUGCCCUCCACAGGAAAAUCUCCAUCCAGUACGGUGACACCUUCCAACAGAAAUCCUUCCGGAUGCGCCGAGUCAAGGACAUGGAUGCCUAUGGCAUGAUCUCUCCCUUUGCUCGCCGGCCAAGCGUUAACAGUGACCUGAAGUAUAUAAAAUCAAAAGUUCUCAGGGAAGGUCAGUCAAGGGAGAGGGAGAAGUGCACGAUCCAGUGAAGGGGCUUGCAGUACUGUCUGAAGUCAUCAUCUACAUGCAGUGCCUUAAAGAAAAAUGGUCUGUGGAAGCACAGAAUGGGCUCCAGGGUUCAUUGAGAAACCCCAGCAUGGAGGAUGGAUAACCCUUACUGCAGAUUCUGCUCAGUCACAAAUGUAAAUAACAUCAUCCUUGUCAAUGACUGGGAAAAAAACACACAUAUGCCUGAGAUAUGAGUGCAUUUCUCUGUCUUUGUAAUGUAGAUCCUCUUCAUUGUCCUUUUCAUUUAAAGAAUACAGACCUGAGAAGGAAAGAAACUUUCACCUCAUCCUUACAAAGGAAGUAGGUCGAAAAUGCACAGAAGGCACUGACAGCU